CAACGAGUUUGCGUCACACAAACACCGCGGUUUCUCUGAAAUGCUAAAAACUCCGUAGUUACCCUCCAACCAGUUUUGAACGUGUCAAGUGAGCAAAAUGGACACUAAAGUGGGAGAUUUACUGCAGUGUGAUGACCAGCUGAGGACGACGCUGCACUGUGAUGACAAGGAGAAGCUUCGCAGGAAGUUGGCCCAGUUACAACGGGAAUAUCUCAAGACAGCCCAGAGACUGCAGCGUGCUGAGCGUUUGGACGCAGUGCGGAAACAUGUGAGGAGCAGGAUCACUCAACAGAACCAACAAGACCAGAAAGAUCCACAGGUUUCAUCUCAUCCCCGUCUCAGCCCAACUGCAUUGAUCCUGAACAGCGGUAAUGCAACAGACACAGGCAGACCCCAGAGCCAGGGACACACUGAAGAUUCUGAUAACCCUAGGAGGAGCCAAGUGAUCAGAUUCCUGCUCCCAUCUGAUGCUGCUUGUCCAGAAACCCCAGAUUCUUGCCAUGAUGCAUUAAGAGGUCACAGACCCAGUCCAGCCCUCCGCCUCAGAUCACGGCGAAGCCGCUUACGCUGGGAAAAGAGGAGUGCUGAGGCUGGCAGAAGCACAGACGACAGUGAAAAGCAUAAGGAGCAGAGUGAAGGGACUGAAAGUGCUGGAACAGCAGAAGAGGUGGAGAAAAUCAAGUCCCAACAAACAAAUGUUGCAAAUGAAAGUGAAGAAUUAUUUUCUAGUACAGAAUCGGAGUCUCCCUCUCGGCAUCUUACACAGUGGAACACACAUGGGUGCACUGAAGCAGGAGAUAUGGAAGGAAUGGAGAUCCAAGGAUGUGAAGAACCAAGGCAAAAAGAGACUGAGUUAAAAACUGAAGGAAUACAAGAAUUACGGUCAUCUGACUUGUUGCUCACAUGUUGCAACCCUGCUUCAACAACAGAACAAAGUGGACAAGAUGGCACAGAAAAUGGAGGAAGGAAAGAGAGAGUGGAGGAUGGUGAACAUAUUAGAGAACAGGGAAAAAAAAGGCUGUGUGAAGAGAACAGUAAUAAAGACAUUGAACAAAAUGCAACUGAGAAUGCAGACAGUGAAAACAAGCAUAAUAGUAGUGUGGAAGUAAAAGAGGAAAAGAAUGGGAUCACAGGAGAUGGAAAAGGUGGAAGCCUUCUAGACUCCUGUACGUUAGUGGAAGGACUGCUUUUUCCAGUGGAGUACUACGUUCGAACCACAAGGCGCAUGUCACUUUCACAGAGCCAACCUGACAUGCAGGCUGUCAUAGUGUCCCAGCUGAACAUGGGACGAAAACGCAGAAGCCAGGGCCGCGGCACAGGACUCAAUAGGAACACACACACCGCCGAACAUUCAGAUCAACACGUCCAGACAGAUUGCUCCUCUGUGACGACUGCAUCUGUCGAUCCUCUGAAGCCAUCACAUGUGCAAGUUUCCAGUGUAUCUGCUGUCCACAGCCAGAGCUCCAGCAAGAUUUUAGAUCACAUCAACCCAGACGCUUGCUUUUCUUCCACGGUCACCACUGCUCGUCCAGCCAGGGGCAGGAGGAGGAAGAGAGGUAGAGGCAGAGGAAGACCUCAGACCCCACGGUCAGCUGUUGGAUUAAACACCUGUCAGCUAAGCUGUGUUCAAACCUCAGGUCAUCCUCAACCCACCAGCACCCCGGUCUCCUCCUCUGAGUCUCUUCAUGGAGCUGAUGGACCAAAGCCCUGCCUCACCGCAGAGACUGUUUCAGUUUCAGAUGAAUCCCAGCCUGUGUCCAUCCACAGCACCUCUUCACAGUCUUGUCCUGCAGUUAAUGAAGCUCCAUCCUGCUGUGCCCCUGAACAUCUGAAGAAGAACUAUCCCAUCUUUCUGAAGAACACUGUCAAGACUGACACAGCCCCACAGAUAACCAGAGACACAUCAAGGUGGCCAUGUGUCCUUUUGCCUUCGUCUCCACCGGCGGCUCAAACAUCUCUUUUUCCUCUGCCGUCUCUGUCCGCUGCCACCCUGGUCAACAGCCUGAUGAAAAUGGAUAUGCCUCAAGAUUUCCACCUCCCAGACGACCGUUUUGCCUCCUUUAAGCUGCACAAGCUUCGCCAGGUCGCCAUGGAGUCGGGAGUUGAACAUUUGUCACCUUCAUCUUACAACACGCAAAACAGCGACCGCCGAUCUGACCCUCGAUGCAGCAGCAGCGACCCAGUGACGCUUCUUCCACUCCCGCUCAGCCUCACGCCCAAAAUCACAACUGCACCCCGUAUGACUGAAGAACUCCAGGCUGCUGCACCGCCUGUACACCUCUCAAUUUCAUCAAUAGAACACAAGGUUAAAGAUAAACUGAUAAACCAGUCCGUAAGUGUAGAGCAAUCUGAUCGAGACAUUACAGAAACCCAUGUAAAGCAGCUGACUGAAAACCUCCACUAUGAGACUCACUGCAGCCCAACAGAAACUGCAUCAAUGUGUGCUGAUGACUGUGUAGAUAAACGUGAAGGGAAUGAAACUGAGGCACCGAACAGCUGUAGCCAGAGUAUCCUAUCAGUGAGCAGCACACACAGAUCUAUAAAAUAUCCUGACUGUGCAGACGGACUCAUCGGCAAAGAGAGCGAUAAUGUCACUGAAUCAUCAGGGAGCAUACAGCAGCCUGCAUCAGAGAAACAGAUCAAGUACAGUGGUGUAGACCAGCCUUUAGAGGAGCUGACAUCUGGCAACCCCCAAGCAGAAAACAGAGCUGUCACUGAGGCUCUUACUUUUGCUUCCCCUCUACAGGAAGCGCCUGAGGAACCUCCUGACAGCUCCACUGCUAUGCGUACAUGUAGUGACACUAAAGAUGCACAGGACUCUCCUGUGAAGCAUCUGAAGGUGAAGUCUCCUGCUGAACAUUCAAAAGAACCUUCAGAACCCGGCGUGAAUCUUUCCGCAAACAAACUAAUUGGAAAUAAGACCCCGUAUGUAAUGCACCACAGUGUCCACUCUCAGCUCCUGUUGACGUCUCCUCCGGCCUCAGCGCCCGACCCCUUCACAACCCCACGCCUGCCCUCAUCCACUCUAACCUCCAGCCCCACACUGCCCUCAGUAGGACUCACGCCUCACCCUGUCCCCCUCACCUCCUCUCCCUCUGCCCCUUCUCUCACCCUGCCUCCCCCUCACAGUCCGUCCACUCAGGCGCUCUCCCCUCCAGCUCUCUCUCCAUGUCCAUCCAUCUCCUCCCUCCCUCCCAGCCAGCCUGAACCUGCUUCCUGUGCUACUCCCUCAAGCCUUCAGCUGCUGGAGUCAUGUGGGCAGGCGGGUCUGACAACAGAGGAAAAAGCAGAGGAACGAAUGACGAGGUGCACACUCACACUAAAGGCUGCAGCAGGAGGCACUCUGGUGGAUGCGUGUUGUCUUCCCGGAUCCUCAGGCCGUUUGUCUGUAGCAGCAGCAGGAAAGUGGGCCGUGUGUCUUUGGAGUCAGACCUCAGCAUCGGACUGGAGCUUAGUGCACACGUGGACCUUCAAUGAGCCAGUGAUCAGUGUGUUUGCUGUCCCGGAUGCUGCUAGGCUGAUAUGCGUGACUCUGGGUCAGCUGGAAAUCAGAGAAGUGAGGAUGCUGUCCUGCUCCAGCCUCACUCAAACACUGUUCUGUGAGGGUGUCGUCCAGGCAGCUGUGGGAGUGUCCAAGUCCAGAGUGGUCACCUCCUCCCACUCAGCGACAGGUUCCACUCUGCAGGUGUUCACGCUGUCGGACAGCAGCAGCUCACCAAGCUCUCUGCCUCUCGCGUCUCCUGGAGUUUGUGUUGGAGCCCUCGCUCCAGUGGAUGGAGUUUCUGAUUCUCUCAUCGGCACAGACGAGGGUGGACACCUCUUUGUUUGGAAUUUAAAGACUGGACAGCUGCUGUGUAGAAUCCCUCUCGGAGAUAGUUUGUCGCACACAGCCUGUCUCAGAGGAUACUCCUACUGUGGAGUGCUGUUUGUUCUGCUGCAGCAUCACUUUUUAAGCUCAUUGGAAGAAGAAAAAAAAGAAGUGAAGAUGAGAGAUGGGGUGCUUUGGGAUAAGGAGAUGAAGACGGCCUUGUUCUCUUUGGUCGCCAUUAACCCUCUGAGUGGAAAGUCCAUCCUGGCUACUCAGCUGUAUCCACCAGAAGCCUGGUCUGGAAGGCUGUGUGAAGCCGACGUUAGCCGCUCCGGCGUGGUGGGCCUGAGCCAGAACGGCUGUGUGUGCGUUUGGGAGCUGGGUGGUCGGUGGGGUUCACAGAUGUUGUCGGGUCCUGAGAGUGAAGGCUGGCAGCUGGCUCGAUGGGGGGGAGGAGACCUGCUGGUGACUGGACAUCACAACGGAGACGUGACUUUACACUGCUGCAGUACAAGCCACACUCAUCUCUGCCUCGAAAACAGAUUUUAAUCCAACGCAAAGGCCUUUCAGAAGGCAAUGAGAUACUUCAACAUCACUUUGGGACACUGUACCCAGUAGGAUUUUUACUGAUAUCUGUUUCCUUCGUUUAGCUGACAUGAUUCUAUUGGUUGCCUGUAUCUUAAAAAACCUUCAUCUCAGCUUAACAAAAAUACAACAUUCAGCUCCAGGUUUGUCUUGAUACUCACUUGGACACUGUGCUGCACAAACUUACUGUAAAAUAAACAUCUCUUAUAAGCCUGAGCUUUACUUGUAAAUCUAACCAAGACAGUCCCCUUCAGACCAAUUUUCUUCCUGCUUUUGGAAAUGAAAUGCUCACAGUACACUGAACCUCGUUGUGUAAACAUAUCCAAUUUUGUGGUUUUAUUAAUGCUACUUUUUUGACUGUUCUCUGUUCAUGUACAUGCAUGUUGUUAUACUUAAAGAAAAUCUUUAUUUUAAUAUUUACAUUAAACAUUUGUGAAUUC